UUGUUUCCAAGAGUAUUACGUUUCACCAAAGAAAUUGUGUACCCGUUGAAUUAUUUUGCAUCGUUUGCGAUACGAUUCGGUCGAUCGAGAAAGCACCGGAUUUCUCAUGUGCGUAGAGGCAUUUGUCCAUUUUAAAAUGGGAGCAAAGAUUUUCGAUGUUACGAGUGAUCAUCGAUCGCCUGUGCACAGCUUUUAAACAGCAGUUUUUUCCUGGUGUCAUUUGAUUUCCAACUCUAUCGUAUAUAACCUCUCACCCUUCAGGGCGCAUCGGGAUAAUCAUCGUUGCUAUUCCGCUUUCGUUAAAAAUGUCUUGGUUCUUUGGAAGGAGGAAACAGCAAAAGCAGUCGCCACCUUAUUCGACGGAAGAGAAACAAACGUCGGAACAAGAUGACGGAAUUGUGUUCGUCGAAAAGUGGCCUGAAAUGGUGCCAACGAAUAAACCCUACGACACAGUCCCGUAUCCUAGCGGUAAUAUAUACCCCUGUGUUCCAGAAUUCGAGCAUGUCUUACCGGCCGGUUCGUCCAAAGACAUUAAUCAAGGCGAGAAUACGCAUUAUUUGAACGGAGUUCCGUUUAAAUUGUGCAGACGUUUAGAGAUUAAUAUGAACAACGAUUUUGAGAUAGACAAACUUAGAAUUAGCGAGAUUUUGUCCUUCAUAGAAAGAAUAAAGGAUCAAAAUUAUGACUAUAGUUUCUCUGUGGAGGAAAGCAUUAUAGCAGAAAUGAAUUGUAUAACCGACAAAUGAUUUUUCUUUGCCAUAUCAAAGUUUUAAGAGCGCGCAACGUUCGCGAGACUGCACGGCCAUAAUUCACAGUUUCAACCAUCGCGUCGAAUUCUAGUUUCGCGUUCGUGACUAAAUUGUACCGUCGUAGAUAUUCUCAUUGUACGUAUCCAAUCGUUGUGGCUAUGAAAAUACUGUUGCCACUUGCAAUUCUAGGAGAAAGGGAAGAGAUAAAAGAUUACAUCGGCGUAUGCUCGAUAACGUAGGAGCACAAAUUUAUUUGUUACAAAAGAUACGUGCGCGUUUGCUCGCAAUUUCAUACGU